GUCCAGACGAGCAGCAGUAUCCCUGCGUUCGCUUCACCGCCCAAUGUUGGCCACAGACCAGACCUGCUUGUGUCUCCACAUCCCUGAUCUGGCUUUUCAAACACUGGAACUUCAGCUACCUGAGCGCGCAGUGCUGCCCAUUUCAUGCCGCCUUGGCGGUUGCCCUUGGCACGCUGAAGGCGAAAAAGAAGGACUGCUGCAAUCCGUUGUGGAGCCCCUUCACCGGCUGGCAGUGCGAUUUUUGCACGGCCAUGAACCACGAGAACUCUGAGCACUGCGACCUCUGUGGCAGUGUGAGGACUAUGGGAGAUCAAUCUGCCGACGUGUCCAUGACGAGCCUAAAGACUGGAUCCAUGAUGGUUCUGGAUGCUCGCCUUCUCAGUGAGUCUGUCCGGUCUCAGGCCGCCACAUUGGACGAAGAACUGGACAAGUACUUCGCCCAGGACAAGCCAAAGGAACCUCCCCCGGAACCCAAAGUUGAGCUCUCCCCAGAGGAGAAGCAGGACCGGAUGGUGGCUGCAAUGCUCCUCCGGAGUGCACGUUCCAAGGUCCCUGAGUGUCAGCAGAAAGUCAUUCACGAGCCCGGCACCUCCGCCAUCUCCAAGAACAUCCCGCUCUCCGAGGUGAACCGCCAUUGCACGCCUGAGAACUGCUGGGUGGCGCUGAACGGCAAGGUCUAUGAUUUGUCGGAGUUUAUGGACCGACAUCCUGGUGGUCCCACCACCAUCCUCGCCUGGGCCGGGAAGGAUGCCUCGAAGUUUUUCAAUGAAAUCCACAAGGGCGUGAAGAUCGACGCCUACCUUCGGCCCGAGGCCUUCUUGGGUGACUUGGGAGUUGACGAGAACCUGAUGUCCGACGACUUCUGGCACACCCUGCGCGGGGCCCGGAUCGUGGAGAUCCGCCAGGAGGUCGACCGCCUGCUCAGCCGAUGCACCAAAACACACAAAGCCGACAGCAUCCCGAGGCUCCUCCAGGAUAAGAAUAUUGAUCCAGAGCUGAAGAAGAAGCUCCAGCGCCUGAAGACGCAAGAGCGGGCCGCCUUGGAUGCCGAGGAUUUUGCGAAGGCGGCUGAGGUGAAGCGGGCCAUGGAGGAGCUCCUUUCGCACGAGGACCACGCGCACAAGCACGAUGUACCCAUGGCUUGGACGAGCAGUGACAUCCCCUUGUCGGAGGUGGCCCGGCACAACAAGCCGCACGACUGCUGGAUCGCCAUUUCUGGCGAGGUCUACGACCUGACGGACUUCUUGCAGCACCACCAGGAGCAGCGCAACUCCAUCCUGGCCUGGGCCGGCCGGGAUGCGACGCCCAUGUUCGACAAGAUCCCAGGUCGGUUCCCCAGCAAGCAGUGGAUGGAGUACUACAUGCGCCCGGAGUUCAAGACCGGUAAGGUCGGCCCAGAGAAGCCGGUGGACUCCAUCAUCCUGGAGCUGCAGGAGUUGCACGAUGAGCUGCGGCGCCUCGAAGGCCCCUCCAAGGAGGAAAUCGAGGCAGUGAAGACGGCCGUCAAGGUGCCGGGCAAGACGGAUGCUCCGACGCUCUCGGAGGAGAGCCGCUUCCCGAAGCUGGCGGAGAUCUCCGCCAGCAAGGACCUGCCUUUCUUCUCCCGUGCAGAGGUGGCCAAGCACAACACCGCAGAGGAGCCGUAUAUGAUCAUCCACAACCGUGUCUACAACCUCAAGCCUCUGCUGGGCAGCCACCCCGGUGGCGACGACAUCCUGAUGUCCAAGGCAGGCACAGAUUGCACCAAGGAUUUCGAAGUCUUCGAGCAUUCUGAGAAGGCUCGGGUGCAGCGAGACCGCGACAUGCUGGUGGGCCAGCUGGUGCCGGCAGAGAACACGGACUGGUCGGAGACGGCUGCAGUGCAGCAGGUGGUCGGCGAGGAGACGUCUGAGAUUGGCCGCUACAUGAAGUACAAGAUCACAGACGUGGCGAUUGCUGCCCUGGCCUGGUACCUUUUCAAGACCUUCCAGAACCGCAAGCCCCUGUCGCAAUUCACCUACAGCCGGGCGCUGAGGCAUCUGCACCUCAUCAUGGCCGUUGGCAUCUUCGGGGCUGUGGGCACCGCCCAGGCUGCAUCCUACUCGGAAGGCCAAGCCAAGAAGCAGAUGCUCUGGUGGCACAAGCAGACGGGCAUUGUGAUGCUGGUGGCACUGGUCUUCCGUGUGAUCUUCCGGCUGCAAAGCGGCAUCCCACCACGCUUCCCGGGCAACAAAAUCGUGCAGAUGAUCGAGACGCAAAGCCUUCGGGCUUUCUACGCCUUCGCCCUGCUCCUGCCCGUAUCCGGCAUCGCCAACGAGUACUUCCUGAAGUGGGCUCCCGGCUCUGACAAGACCGGCAAUGCGGAGGACGAUCGCAGGAACGACCGCCUGGCCAAGCAGUCCAUCGACGCUCACAAGGUUCUGGGCAAGGUGUUGCAGUACGCCUGGCUGCCUUUCCACCUGGGCUACACCACCCUCUACCACUACAGCCAGGGCCGCGGCGUCGUCCGCAAGGCUGAACAGGCCGAAGCCAGUGGAAUGACUGCGUACCUCGAAGAGGAAGCGCAGCUGAACAAAAGUGUCAACAAGCGCUUGUUGGCCGGGGAGGUCUCUCAAGCGCGAAGCUUCAACAGGCGGACCGGCAUUGAACCCCUGCCUGCAAAAGAGCCGGACGCAGCACCAUUGUCCGUGGAGGAACGCGAGGCGAAGGCACUCGAGCAGGAGUACGUGAGAAGUGCGCAUCAGAUGCGUGAGCAGCCACUUCCGCUUCUCCCAAAAGAGACCCUGGCUCCAGCUCGCAAGAAGCAGCGUGUGGGCACCCAGGGCAAGCUGUUGGACCUGGCCGCCAUGGAACAAGAAGCAGCAAGGCAGGCCGAGGAAGAUGCGGAGUCUGCCAAUCCACUUCUGCGGCCGCCUCCGAAGCUCGUGAAGCGUAAGGCCCCCAAAGCAGCUGAUGAAGACACCAGAGGUCUGGUGCCUAAACGCGCAUCUUUGGAAGAACAAGAGCAGAGUCUUUGGCCAAGCAAGGGCAUGCGAGUUCGAGUCCUGAGCGAGACGGGCGAGUUAAAGACGUACCAUUUGCAGACUGGGGUUGUCCGACGCCGUCAUGCUGCAAGAGGCGCUGUGGAUGUUGCACUAGAUGACUCCGACAGGAUGCUGAAGAUGGUGCCCCAGACCAAGCUGCAGACGUUUGUGUCCAAGACAUGCAACCGCAUCGAGGUGGUGCGCGGCGGGCACCGAGGUGUCAUUGCUGAGCUAGUCUCGCAAGAUGCCAGUCAAAAACUGGCCACCAUCCGUCUGGGCCGUGGUCAAGCGCAGCAGGA